AUAAAAACUAAGCAGCCGCUUUUCAAGUGCAGUCAGUCAAUUCAUUAAGCCACGCGAUGCUACAAAUCAGGAAGCAAUUUGCAGCUGUACUGCUGAUUAGCGCUUACUGCUUAUUAAUAAAUCCAAUUGGCGCUACAAAUAGACUCAAUACGAAUGCAAGCGAUGCGGAAUUCUUGACAAUCAUUGUGGAUGAGACAAUGCGCAAUUUGUUGAAGCAGUGCAACGGAAGUGUAUCGACAGAGGAUUACAGAAGCAAUGAAUUAGCCCCAGAUCAGCUCUCGCCUGCAAUGAUGAAGCAGUUAAGCGAUUUGAUGGGUAGAACCGUGCGCUCACUAAGCGACUCCUUUACGACACGUCUGCUGCAACGCUUUCCUAAGAACUGCGCCGACAUACUGCCGUCCGGUGUACGCGAUCGCGAUGGCGUCUAUAGCUUGCACAUCUCGAGUUAUAUGCCGAUCAAUGUUUAUUGCUUUGCUGAUGCGGCAGGCGGUUGUCCUUGGACCAUUGUGCAUAGGCGUCAGGACAAAGAUACUGCUUUCAAUCUCAAUUGGGCCUACUACAAGGCGGGUUUCGGUGAUCCGUACAAUAGUUUUUUCGUUGGCAUGGAACCGCUUUAUUGGCUGACCAGCGAUGCGCCGCAUGAAUUGCGCAUCGUUAUGCGUUUGAAUAGCGAAAGUGUGGAGGAGAUUGCGCACUACGAUCACUUCUCACUGGGCGAUGAGAAGGCGCAAUACGCACUGAAGGUGGGACAAUUUAGCGGCAAUGCAGCAGAUGAGCUAACGCCUCUGAAUGGCUAUAAGUUUAGAACGAAAGAUCGCACAGGUUAUUGCAAAGGCAAGGAAAAGGAUGGUGGCUGGUGGAAAGAGGGUUGCGCUAGAAGCAAAUUAAAUGGCAUUUAUGAGCCUACGCAGUGGGAGAUACCACAACACGUGGGCAUCACAUGGAAUAAUAGAACUACACACGGCUUCAACUACUCACUGGAGUACGUGCAUAUGGCCAUACGACCGAAGUUUUGUAACAAAAUUCAUUUAUAAUUGGAUAAAUAGGGGGUUUUUUCUAGUGAAAAAGUAGUUGAAAAUAUAAAAUUUUGAGAAAUUGUAAAACGAAA